AUGGAAGCCGUCGACGACGUUCCGAGAGGCUACAGGUUCCUUCCCACGGCGGAGGAACUGGUUGACUACCUCGUCAGGUGGAUCAACAACGAAACACCCCUCCCUUGCCGCGCUCUCGAAUUCGCCGACGUCUACGGAACCGAGCCGUGGCAUCUUCUCGGCAACAAUCGGCAGGAGGGCUAUUUCUUUACGGAGCGCAAGCCCAAGUACAGCACUAGUUUGUGCGUGAAUCGAAAGGCCGGCGAAGGUUCUUGGCGUGCGUAUAAGAAGGAAAAACUCGUCGACUACAUCGUCGACGGGUACAUAGCAAGGGUGCAAAAGACCCGCCUUUCCUUCAACGAUGGCCGGCGGAAGAACUCCGGGUGGACGAUGUACGAAUAUGCGAUGUGUUCUUCCGACGGCGGCUUGGAUAGACGAGUUCUCUGGUGGAGGUGA